UGCGACAAGGAAGUGCUGCUGCUGCUGCUCGCGUCCUUCACUUUGCUCAGUAACCAAACACGUUAUAAAAGUCUGCUGGCUGUCGAUUUGUAAAAGCAUUGGGGUGUUUUGGAGGGUUUUAUGGAGUAACAGCAGUAAGCAGAAGCAGUGGUUGGAACAAGCAAGUGCUCCGGAAGGUUUUAAGGCUUCAAACAAGUCCAGCAGCAAUGACGGCUCCAAACUCUGCAGAACGAAAGGCCUGCUGGGACGCCAGGGACCUGCUCUGGAAAUGUUUGGACGAUAAUGGUGACAGAGCUGAAUCCUGCCAGAAGUUCCAGAGCGAAUUUGAGGCAAAAUGUCCUGCACAAUGGGUGAAAUAUUUCGCCAAGAGGAGAGAUUUCUUAAAAUACAAAGAGAAAAUGCAGAAAGAAGGGUUCAAGCCAGCUGAAGGCCCCCAGGAGGCGUCCUAACCUCUACCAUCACAGUCUGCAAGAUGAGUGACUUUUCACCAACUUGGGACAGAGAUGCAGGACUUGGAAAUGAGUUUUCAACUUCAUUGUGGACAAAGUACCUUUAGUUCACCUUUAUUGUUAUUUAUUUGUAGACCUUAACGCUGCUAUAAGAAAUCUGAAUGGCAGCACAAGGGAACUGUGUGAACAUUGUUUGAGCUUCUAUCCUCAGAAAUGCAAUGAAGUGACAUCAGCUCAUGUCAUCCAACCGAGCCAGUGUAAUGUGCUCUUAAUGAGUACUGUUGGAUUUCACGUGAACGUAACUUGUGUCAUUGUGGACAAAUUUUUGCAAUUGUUACCUGUGAAAUACGUAAUUACACUGGAGUCCUGCACUCUCAUACACAUGCUGGGUGCGCGUCCAUUACCUAGGAUAAGAGUUACCUAUCAUACCACUGUCCAAGAUGCUCUUUCUGUGAUUCUCUUCAUUGGAAUAAUGCUGGUGUUUGGGGUUAAUGACGUUUUUAUGAAUUCAAACCCAUCAUUAAUGACACUUGUGUGAUUUACAAAUAAAUGCUGAUUCUUACUGAUUGCAGAAACUAUAUAAUUCCACAACAGUGCCUCAUUGGACAAAAUCAGAGAAGUGUGACUGACUUGUGUUGUUUGCGAAUAAAUUAAAUAGACCAAGUGG